UCAGUUCAAAGUGAGACACGAAUAAUGUCGAUAAAAGCGUUUCCGCAUUCGAAAAUAUUGCUUUUAGCCAUCACCUGCUGUUGCAUGGUUUGUUGCGCCAGAUCACAGGUAUAUACCUCCACGGUAGCGAUGGCUGACCUGGCGGGCAGAGAAAACGACAUAUUCAGGUGGAUAGAUGGCUACAUCGACACAGAAAUCCUGAGACUGAAAGCUUUGAAAAGACAAGCGUCCCAAAUACCUCGCCUUACCCCGACCCAAGCCGCAGCCCAUGUACUUAAUCCCCUGGGAGCAUACCACACCAUUAAAAAGUUCUCUUUUGUGUGGAAGAAACUUGCGGAAGCCCUCAUAAGCCAGACGUGGGCUGCGCAUCCAAAUAUAUCUCUUUCAAAGAUCUCCAAGGAUCUAAAUCUCAAGCAGUGGCCUGGAAACCGGGAUUUAGAAGGGGCGGCGUCGGCAUUGGUGCGUCUCCAAAGGACAUACGGUCUUUCCGCAGUCGACCUUCAAAAGGGGAAAGUGCUCUCCUCUGUCACAGAAGUUCAUUUAGACUCCAAUGAUUGUUUUUUGAUUGGGCUAGAAGCCGAGAAAACAGCUGAUUGGCUAAUAAUGAGCGAGUGGAUGACGCUUGCUCACGAAAAGAUGAAUAAACAGUCACUGUUUAGAGAAGCUCAGGUUUUUAUUUCAUUAGCAAAGGCAUAUUUGAAGCUGGAACAAACAUCGAAAGCUGUGGAGUUUGCAACAAGAGCUGUAGCUUUGGAUCCAGGCAAUAAAGAAUACAGAGUCACUUUAGAGCAAUAUAAAUCAACCAAAGAAGCCUGCGACUAUGAGCCAGAGAUAACUCCUGCAGCAGAGCUUAGCGUCUACGAAAUGCUAUGCCGUGGUGAUAUUUUACAGGAGAAAGCAGUGGAAAAGGCCCUUAAUUGUAGAUAUAAAGAGACAAAUAUACCGAUCAAAGUCGCCAAGGAGGAAAUAUUGUACCGUGACCCCCGCGUCAGCAUAUUUUAUGAUGUCAUAUCCAACAGCGAAGCUCAACUUCUUGUUGACAUGGCGUCUUCAAAGAUGCAUCAGGCUUACAUUGGACAGUCCAAGAUGUCUGCGAUGAGAAUAAGCCAAGUAGGUUGGUUGGGAGACGAAGCGGCUGAUGUGAAACAAAUAAGUCAGAGAAUUGCACAAAUCACAGGCUUGGAAACGACAAUGAAGAGCGACAUGUCAAAUGCAGAAAAAUUCCAGGUCGUAAGCUAUGGCGUAGGAGGUAUGUAUAAGCCACAUUAUGAUGCUUUCGGAGUCCACUACGACGCUUCCGAGGGUCCAGAAUACCUCCGGGACUCCGGGGAUAGAGUUGGGACAUGGAUGUUUUACCUCACCGAUGUUGAAGCGGGGGGAGCCACCGUAUUUCCCGCUAUUAAAGUUACAGUGCCGCCGGUCAAGAACGCCGCUGUGUUUUGGUACAAUCUGAAGAGAGACGGUAGAAGGGACACGUACACGAUCCACGCUGGCUGCCCGGUCUUACUGGGACAAAAACUGGUUGCCAAUAAAUGGAUACGGGAGAGGGGACAGAUUUUUCACAGGAGGUGCGGGCUUGAUCGAAAUUCACCCGACGAUUGAGAAAUCAUUUUUGCAAACGCAAUACAUUAUGAUGUGAAAAACGCCGAUGAUUGUAUGAUGUGUAGAAGUCCAUU